GGUCAUAUUUAUAAUUGUGUGCGGAGCAUUAGAAGCGUGUUUUAAGCCUCAAAAAUAUAUCGGAGUGAAAUGUUUCCUGUAUGGAUUUUUUAAGCAGGGCGCCUAUCAAGAAGGUUAAUUCUGGGGUGGCGCAAGAAGUAAUGGCGAUAAUAUAACUGAAGACAGAUGGCACCAAAACAUUGGAUGCCAACCUCAUCGAAGAAGAAGUAGAUAGUUGAAACAUUGUACGUCCAAUGAGUAGAAAACUUGAGGAGAAACGUGUAGUUCCGAUUUUUCUAUGAGCAUUUACCGUCCUCUGGUUUACUUUAAUACUGAAUACAGCUUUGAAAACAUGCAGGAGAGCAAACGUCUAUGACCACAAGAUGGCGACAGUACAUUCUUGGUUGGAACUCAUGACUUUUGCACUAAAAUAGAAAAAAAACAUUGAGACAUGUAGCCUGGCAUCUUUAUUGUCACCUGUCGGUAUCACAGUCGCAGAUAACUGGUAAUUAAAGCAACGACAAAAAUGCCACUUGACACGCACUAUUUUAUCCUCGUGGGAUUCCCUCUCAUGACGUAGGCUUGCGUGGGGAUUGCCCAUUCGGUUGAUUGACAGGUAUAGCGCCGCCCAAAUUCAAGUCAUCCCAAGAAUCAAAGCCCCGAAGUCAACAACAGUCUUGGGAGCUCCAAGGUCUAGAAAUAACCUUACUACAACCACGUUGUCAGGUUUCCUUGUCCUAAAGUCGGCGAUGGAUGCCAUAAGGUCGGCUGGAAGAGCUAUCAUUCGAAGUCCAAUUAUAGCGAAACGGUCUUGGAAUACGGGCAAACAUAAAAAACUUCCUGAGAACUGGACAGACAUAACAGAGACUGUUGUAGAUGGCAUGACCUUUAACCUCCGUCACCUAGGCAUGACCCUGGUGGAUCAGCCCAAAGGAGAGGACCUAUCAGCAGCUGCCGUCAAGAGGAUUGUUGCCACGGCCAAAGCGGGAGGCCAGAAGCCUCAGAAGAUGUCUCUAAAGGUUUCUCCUCAGGGUUUAAUGCUGUACGACAGUCUCACCAACCAGCUACUAGACAACAUCUCCAUAUACAGGAUAUCCUACUGCACGGCGGACAAGCUGCACGACAAGGUGUUUGCCUACAUUUCCCAGAACCCCCUCAACGGAACACUGGAGUGCCACGCCUACCUCUGCCCCAAGAGGAAAGUGGCCCAGGCAGUGACUCUGACUGUGGCUCAGGCCUUUAGACUGGCCUUUGAGUUGUGGCAGGUUGCUAAGGAAGAGGAAGAGGAGAAGAUGAAGUCCAGCUCGGCUGGAGAAGCAACCAACAGUUCCCAGUCAGAAAGAUCGAACAGCCUACCCAGUCUCAAAGGAGGAAAUGUUGCCACUGGUAACCUACUGGACCUGGAGGAACUGACUCAUGUUGCCGUGGUUCUGGAAACCAAUGGCAACGAGGAGUUCAAGGUGGACAACCACACUGCUCCCGAUAACAACAACACUGUCUGGGAAAUUGAGGAAGACUUGGAUGAGGCUUUUUCUAGACUGGCGGUAUCCCGUACUAACCCCCAGGUCUUGGACAUUGGGGUGACCCCCCAGGAUUGGCUGAUAGAACCUGACUGGGCCAAUGGGAACACACCCAACAAGAACAGGACCAAUAAGAACACAUCAAACAAUAAUACCACCAAUGGGAACGACUUCUUUGGCUUCUGAUCGACCACCAGAGGGCGACCAAGAGGCACAGCCUUUUGAGUCUUUGGCCCAAUCCCAAAUCAACCGCUAGGCCCGAUGAUGGAACUAUACUAUAUUGUGUGCACCUGUCAAGUCCUCUCAGAUCUCCACCAGGACACAGGGUCUAGGGGUCGAUUUGGGUUUGGGCCAUAGAAGAGUUGCCUUUGGUUCCAUUCCAAACCGAUCCCUUGCCUCUGUCCUUGUUCCCUAGUUGACUCCCUCCCCCUUAUAGAUCUGAAAGGACUGAAUAGGGUCAGAGCUUUGGUUGAGAUUCUAUCAUAUUGUAGAUAUACAUGGGGUCGCCAGGAAGAGUCUAUGGGUAGACGCUAGGGAUUAUGGGUAGACGCUAGGGA